GUCGAAGAGCAAUCCCAGGUCGAGCGCCAUGGCGACCGAGGCGACGGAAGGCGAAGUUUUGGGCCGGUACGAGCAGCGCCUGGCUGAGAAGUACCGUUUUGCUCUACAUGUGAUCAUCGACCACAUGGCGUGCUUCGUGAGCUUGUUCCACCACACGCAAAUCGAGCUGAAGAGCCUCGAGGCGCUCGCGCAAAAGAAAAUGCCGCAGAUGCUGCCGUUCUUGAGCGUCGUUCAUGACAAGAUCAACUACGUAACGCAAGCGACUCCGCUCUUCUUAGGAUAUGACCACUUAGUCACGUACAUCAAGGUGCUGCAGCAAGAGAAGCACAACUUUGAUCCACGACCGCAGCCGUGGAACGCCCUGCGGCUCUACGACAACGAGUACCAAGAUCAAUUUGCGAGCAAAGUGCAAGUGUUCACGACGCUGUAUCAAGAACUGGAUGCGCGAUUGCCCGAAUUUCUCGUCGAAGUCGAACGCCACGCGCCGCUGCUGCAACUGCUGUCCCAGAAGCGCGAGGACAUGUUCGCCCUCCUCCGAAAGGUGCAUGCUGCCAACCACUUGCCACAGAACAUGAAGAAACACAAAGCCGAGCUGAAAUCGGCGUACCAGCGGAGCUUGGUCAAGUACAAGCACGCGCUCCAGGCGAGUCCGAUCAAGCUGGAGAAACAAAUCCAACACGAGAUUCGCCACUUUACGCAGCACAUGCACUCGAUGGUGGCUCGUCACUGGCAAAUUUGCCACACGUUGACCCGCGCCAACGCAGAAGUCACCCCCGACUGUUCACUCACCGCCCGCGACGUACAGCUCAUCGACGACUUCAUCAAGGACGUGCUGCGACUACACGACGAUGUGGGCGACUUUUGCAGCACGGCCAUGGCCAAGGACGCAUUCCUAGAGCAGAUCACUGCAUUUGAAACAGCUGCCUCCCAUGAUUGGUUUGUCGUGUGUACGAGCCCGCUCAAGUUGAAUUUCCACGAGCCGCUGGACCAGCCUCUGUUUGGCGCGUACUGCGACGACCUGCAGCACCGCAUGAAGGAGUUGCAUGUGAGCCAGCUCGUUUCUGUCGCUCCCUGACAUCGACUCGACACAGACCCUGCGCAACUCCAACAAGUAUCAAUCGGCCGUAGCGUAUUGCGAAGCAACUCGAGCCGAAGUUGGCCAGUGCUUCGCCCGACUGCAGAGCUCGCAAUCGUAUCAUCCCACGCAAGACUGCUCCAAGGAAGAGGCGUUGGCAGCGCUCAAGGUCGAGAUCCAAAGCUUGGCGGCGGCAGAUGGCCUCACCGUGUGAUUCAAGCAAUGAGCCAACUGCACAUCGGGUCGUCCCGACGUGGACGAUGGGCGGGCGCCAGUGCAGUGGAAGGAUUCCAGUGUUUUGGCAGAUACGACGUCGUGUGUACUAAUCCGAACAACGAGCGUAACGAUGGCCGGCCCAAUGUCGACCGUCGAUGAGGAUG